AAGAAAAGACAAAGAAGGUGUGCUCCUCACUGUCAGCAUAGGUGCUAGUGCAUAGCUGGCUAGUUAGUUGUCCCAGUAUAGGCCCGGUUCGGGCAGCUCCUCUCAACCGAGCUAGCGGUCGUCACAAUAGUAUUUAGUUAGAUCUAACACUAAGACAAAGGAAUUUUCUGAAAUUCUAUAACUGCUAUAAACGCAUAAUACCCGAGAGCUCCCUGUGUUUCUAUGUUGAGGAACAUUCAAGCCAUUAUUCAAAGGAAACUGUCAACUUAGCAUUUAGCCUACAGCUCCACAACUUUAUAUCAAAAAGCUAGGUAGGUCACCUGCCAUCACGUCGCUUCAUUAAGUAGUUAGCUAACAACCGUCUUUAGGGGCAUUAAUUUGGACUCAUUUUCCGCCGUUAGUCAUACACAUAUGUAGGCCUUAAACGACAUUUAUUCGCCGAAGCAGAGUUUUAGGAGCUAAUUAACGCAAAUUCUCCAAAGCAGUUGAACAAGGCUUCACUUCAUCGAGCUAGGCAUGCAGAAGCCUUUGCACCCUGGUUCCACUCAGAUGGACCAUAGAGCAUCUGCGACCUGUCUGAAGAGCCCGAGCCUUGACUGGCAGACCCCGAGCAUCCACCUGUGGAACACAUUGUUCAGCAAUGACGAAUUACAGCUGGUGUGCGGAAAAGCCUCACUGAUCUACAUUGUUGCUCUGCAUUCCAGACGAGAUGGAAAAAGAGUGAGUGGACACGAGGAAAAGUCAGCUCCGCAUUUCGACCAUCUCCAACCACAAAACAUUUAGAUCAGAUCCUAGGUGACAUCCUGUGGCCGUCAGGUCUUUACAGCGUUAAGCCCCCUCCCUCUCCUGGCCCUUGCCUGCAGUUCUCCAGGCUGCAGGACCCAGACUCACUGAAAAGUGCAGGCCUCCUCUCCCUGCAGAAUGACUGUUGCCACAGGCGACCCCUCUGACGAGGCGGCAGCACACCCAGGGCACCCACAGGACUAUGACCCGGAGGCUGAUCAUGAAUGUUGUGAGAGGGUGGUCAUCAACAUCUCAGGGCUUCGCUUUGAGACGCAACUCAAAACCCUAUCCCAGUUUCCAGAGACUUUGCUGGGGGACCCCAAAAAGAGGAUGCGGUACUUUGAUCCACUGCGGAAUGAGUACUUUUUUGACAGGAACAGACCCAGUUUUGAUGCCAUAUUGUAUUAUUACCAGUCAGGGGGUCGGCUAAGAAGGCCGGUUAACGUCACCCUUGAUAUAUUCUCAGAGGAAAUUCGCUUCUAUGAGCUGGGUGAGGAGGCCAUCGAGAUGUUCAGAGAAGACGAGGGUUUCACCAAGGAGGAGGAGCGGCCUCUUCCUGACAAUGAGUUUCAGAGACAGGUGUGGCUGCUGUUCGAGUACCCAGAGAGCUCAGGUCCUGCAAGGAUUAUUGCCUUAAUCUCUGUCAUGGUCAUUCUGAUAUCUAUAGUUAGUUUCUGCUUGGAGACCCUCCCUGUUUUCCGCAAUGAUGAGGGGGAAAUGCACAAGUCUCAUGCGAAAGUUUUUUCACCUGAGACUAACACCACAACCAUCAGCUACACAUCCACCUACUUCACUGACCCCUUCUUUAUCCUGGAGACUCUUUGCAUAAUAUGGUUCUCCUUUGAGUUUCUGGUGCGCUUCUUUGCCUGCCCCAGCAAAGCAGGCUUUUUUGGUAAUAUAAUGAACAUUAUUGAUAUUGUUGCCAUCAUCCCUUACUUCAUCACUCUUGGCACAGAACUAGCCGACAGGCCAGAUGAUGGUCAAGCAGGUCAGCAAGCCAUGUCUUUAGCCAUUCUCAGGGUCAUCCGCUUAGUACGAGUCUUCAGAAUUUUCAAGCUCUCUCGUCACUCCAAGGGGCUUCAGAUUUUGGGCCAGACCCUCAAAGCCAGCAUGAGAGAGCUUGGCCUGCUCAUUUUCUUCCUCUUCAUAGGGGUCAUCCUUUUCUCCAGCGCUGUUUACUUUGCUGAAGCAGAUGAGAAGCAGUCAGAUUUCACCAGCAUCCCAGAUGCGUUUUGGUGGGCUGUGGUGUCUAUGACAACAGUUGGCUAUGGUGAUAUGGUCCCAACAACCAUUGGUGGCAAGAUCGUGGGCUCGCUCUGCGCCAUUGCAGGUGUGCUGACCAUUGCUUUGCCUGUGCCUGUCAUUGUGUCCAACUUCAAUUACUUCUAUCACCGUGAGACUGAAGGUGAAGAACAAGCACAGUACCUGCAGGCCAAUACGCCGAAAGCUGACUCAGCUGAAGAGCUGAGGAAGAGCCGGAGUGGCUCCACAAUCAGUAAAUCGGACUAUAUGGAGAUCCAGGAGGCUGUUAACAACAGCAACAAGGACUUUCAGGAGGAGAACCUCAAGACAGCCAACUGCACACUGGCCAACACAAACUAUGUAAACAUCACAAAAAUGCUCACAGACGUGUAGUCAUCUGCUAUUUUCUUCCCAUCAUAGCGGGAAACGUGGAGUUGAGCAGCCGGACGGGACAGGCGAGCAGCCUCCCACCUCACCUGUGCUGGAACGAUCAAGGCAAUAGAAUUCAGGAUGUUGAUUAUAAUGAUGAUGGUGAUAGACGGUGGGGAAAAAAAUAUAUAUUAUGAGGACCAUUCGCUCACUUUGUGCUCAUCCUGUUUUCACUCACAACUUGCCCAUGACUUUCAAACGACGUGAAAUUUCAAAUUCUCUAUUCCUGCAUGGAGUUGGCUUCGUCUGCGUGGCUGUUUUGAAAAGAAUAAUACCUAAAAAUUUCCUGGUCCCCACAGUAGCCAACAGUAGUACACAAAAAAGAAACAUGGGACAAACAGGACAAAUAUUAUUGCUUAAAAAAAGCAACACAAUACAAGCACAAUACAAGUUUUAGUUCCCUGUCCCCUAGUUACUCAUUCCACAAGGCACACUGCUUUGCCAUGCGCUUUUUGAAGAGCCCCUCUUGCGUGCUACAUAUGCUGCUUCCUGGAGCCAGUGAAACAAAACUGUAUUACACCACACCAUUUAGAGAUGAGGAUGUGUGAGCAUAAGGCAAGCCCACUCCAGUCCUGACAUGGCCUGUGGGUGUUAUUUGAGGAGGUUGGUGGUGAACUACACCACAUUAUAUAAAGAAUGAAUGACAGCCAUCAGCACUCAGCUUAUGGUUUGACACCUUUUUUCCCAGUAGACAUCAGUAUCUGAUGAAUGACUGAGAAUGGCCUUGACUUUUCACUGCUUUGGUCUUAUAUGUACUGUAUGUAUUGCAAUGCAAGCUUUCCCCCUCCCAUUCACCCAAACUGGUCUUACUACAGAGCUUUGAGGACAACUUGAAUGUUUCUCCUUGUUUUCUUUGUUUUUCACAGGUUCACACAUACAGUGCUUAUUCAUGUAGCUAGGUAGGUUAACCAUGACUUAACUGAUAGCUGGUAGGCCGGUGGGUGGGUGCUGUUAGUUGUAAAUAUAGCCAGUAGAUUAUUGCAUGGCAUUUUUUAUCUGAAUGAGAAUUUUGACUUGUUUCUCAACUGCCACUUGCUUUGUCAUACCACUGAAUAUUCGUCUGUACACUGCCUUCCGUACAAAUCCGCACAUUUAAAAGGAUGCCCUGCAGGUAGCUGUUACAAGAACCUAAAGCUGUAUUUUAGAGGAUUUCUUAAGAAAUAACCAUAAGCCCACAUCCCACACACAACAGGAUGCAGUGUCCUUGUCAGUAUCAACAUUCCACGUAGAAAUCAUUGCCAUUUGACUUCUGCCACGUCGCUGUAAACGUACUGCAGCCAAACUGUGAUUUUUAGGUGUAAACUCACUUUCCAGUUUUGGACAUUAAUCUCAGCUGCAGAUGUGAUAGACUUGCAGUGAUGUCUUAUUCACCGAUUUAUCACAUGAUCACAUCCUCCUGAUCAAAAUAACAACUUAAAAGGACUUGUGUAUAGAACGCUUCCCCUGAACUGCCUUCUAUCUGGGUUUACGCUACUCUCCUAGUGUUGCAUGACCUAAAAAAAAAAUUCCUAGAAGCAUGCAUUUAACCUCAAAGAAGAAGCCUCUGAGACAAAAGAGUCAAAUUAUUACAAUAGGUAUAUUUAUUUCCUAUAUAUACAUACAUAUAUAUAAAAUAAAUGUAUACAGAUAAAACACAAAUCCUACUAUCUGAUUUUUUAAAAAAAAAAGCUUUAAACAGCUGUGUUAAAGAGAAAGCGAGAGCCUUUCCACAGAUCGUCAUGUUUUUAAUGAUAAUAGUUGUUCUGAGCACUGCUUCUAUGUUCUCCUGUUUCAGAGCCUGUUCAGAGUUCCAAAGACACACUCGCAGUAGCUAUUUCAACAGCAUUUUCUUUACUGGUGUGUUUUCCAGCAAACCCGACACACAUCCUGGAUUUAAAUACUAUACUUCACUUAGUUCAGAAGUGACUUUUGUGAAGUAAUUGUCGAAAGACAGGGCGAUGUUCAAAAGUGCAUCAACCCUAAUCAUUUUCUUGUAUCAGAAAGGUUUUAUUGGCAUUAAAUUGGCCAGACGCUCAAUCAUUUUUAAAAGCUGGCAUCACUGUGAAUUAGGUUCUGAUUCUAGGAUCGUGUCCAGAUGAGAUUUCCCACCCUUCUCGUAACACUGCCAAGGUAACAGUCAAUGGCAGUAACAUCAAUAUGGGAGGUGAUAAUUAGCAGCAGUGUAGCAGAUAUUGGCUAACCUAUGGGUCCUAUGACUUCACUCAGUCUGUCCCAGACCCAGUCUGUCUUUCUCUGUCUUUUCACAGAUGUCUUAGGUAAUUACAAAGGCGAUGGAUUAGGGUGAGUUUUGUAGCAAACUGUCUAAAUGAAUCCUGUCAUGCCAUGACGUACAUCUUUGUUCUUAGGGUUUCAUUGUGCUCAUUAGAGUCUUUAACCUGCAGUAGCAAAAAUGUUUUUACACCAUUGCUGCCAGUAUCUGCUCUGGCUGCCUCUUCCAACUGCCUGACACGAGGCUUCUGAAGUCGUCUUUCUGUCCAAAUCCAUGUUUGCUUUCAUGUAUCUUGAAAAGAUUUUUAAACAAUUAAAAAAAUUAAACUGGAGAAGUGGGGCAGCACGGUGGCGCAGUGGUUAGCAUCGUU